AUGGUCUGCUUUUGUUUCCUGGUGGAUCAAAGGCGGAAGCAGACAAGCAUUAAGCCGGCAGCAGGGAUGUGCUCGCGGUGUGGCGGAGGAGCAAGCGUCGGCGACAUGAAAACCAUUACCCGGUUUUGUUUUGUUCCAGUUUAUUGUAAAUCUUGGAAGGCUAUAAUUUGCACAUUUUGUGGAGCUAUUCUUAAAUCAUACAGAUAAAGCUCGAAGCUCCUCUCUUUUUUUUUUUUUUUCUCAUUUUUUUAGG